AUGUCCGACGAUGAGUACUACUACGAGUACGAGGUGGACGAUUACCAGUACGCAGACGAAGUUCCCGAACUAGUCGACGACCUCGCCGCCUCCGCGUACCACGAUGCCACAGGCCUUUUCCUCGACGUGGACAGCGACACAGAAGACUACUUCGCCGACUUGGAAUACCAAUCAGACGAUUAUUACGACGUUGACCCGACAGCCGAUCAAGGACUCGUAAGAGAAAUCGGAACCAAGGUCGUUGCGCCGGCAAAAACAAAACGCCAGGGCAAGAAACCCAAGACUGCAGCAGCAAAGAUCAAAUCGCCUGUCGUACUGGAUGUCGGGUCGUUCCAGGGUGUCAUUUGGAAGACGCCCAGUCUGGACCGCGACCAGGACGUUGCGAUUCUUUACGAACCGCAUACCGGCGAACAAGUCGCGCUGUUGAAGAACUGGAGAGAGGAGUUCAAGCACUCACAGCCUGCGCUGGAUAAAUCGCGGUUGAAGAGGAGGCGAGUGGAGGAAGCGCACACUGUGGAUGACGCGUCGCUGUCGGAGGCGGAUAAUGAAAUGGAACCCGAAGACAUGCAUGGCGACGGAGACGAGGACGACUUGGACAGUUCCGAUGAAAUGGAUGAUUCUGCAUCGCACGAUGGGUCGAGCCUUGAUACCGGCGAUGCCUCGAAUACGACGCCGGACUUGGAUUCCGCCCAUUCCGCGAAUCUGCCUUCGCCGCCGAAGGUCGUCAUCCCGGUUAAGAGAGGGUGGAAGCGGAAGGCGGCGGCGCAGAAGGAUGAUGAUCCUGCUGGCGGGGAGGAUGAGGCGCCGCGGGCAAAGAGAGUUGAGUCUCGUAAGGGUGGGAGCGAUGCUGCCAAAGCUGAGGUCAAGGGCGGUUCGACUCGACCGGCUGUGCGCAGGUCAGCUCGGCAGAAGAAGUAG